ACCGCUUCUCUUUCCGCCUCCGCUUGGAAACCUCAGCUCGGAGGUCGGUGGGUCGUGGGAGGCGGCUUCUUUUUGUACAGUGUGUCGUUUGUUGAGUCGGGUUUCCAGAGUUUCCACGCCACCUGUGAAGGUCCGCCGCGGUGGCCCACGGCUCCGCGCCUCCGCGGUUGGCCGUCGCCAUGACAGCGACCGCUGGGGGCCCUGGCACUGCUCACAUGAUAGAGGCCGAUGUCCUUCUUCCAAGUGAUGGAUCAGAAUAUAGCCAACCAAUCAUGGCCCAUCCUCCUGAAACAAAUAGUGAUAAUACUUUACAGGAAUGGCUGACUGCAGUUAUAAAAAGCAGUAAAGGCAUCAAGCUGGAUUUCAAGAGUCUGGCAGCUGUAGAACCAUCCAUGAUGCUCCUGGAGAGUGUGAAGAGGCAUCUGAAACGUCCUGUGUGGAUUAAUGCUGAUAUUCUUCCGGGUCCAAAUGGAAAUAGCAGGGUAGUGGAUGCAAAACCUUUUAUAGACAUGGUAACAUCCUUCUUUCCUGAUGUGACAUUUUCUCUGGGUUGGACAACAGGAUGGCAUCCUGAGAAAGUCAAUGAAGGUUACAGCUGGACAAUGGUGAAAGAAAUGGAAUAUAUAUGUAAGGAGCUGAAGCAGCCUGUAACAUUUCCUGUCAGAGCAGCAUUAGUCAGGCAGUCCUGUUCUCAGUUACUCUGGCUGUUAAAGAAAUCAAACAGGUUCUCAAGUCUAACUUAUUGGUGUUGAGAACUCAUAGCAUCUGAGGGCUAUUUCCCAAGCCUGGCAGAACACUCCUGGUCCUAGAAGAGACUUUGGUACGAGAUCCAAUUUUUCAAAAAAUCAGCUUUAUAAAGUACAGUAGUUUAUGGCCCUGUAAAUUUGAUGUAAUUACUAUUUAGUCAGAUAUGUACUCAUUUAUCAAGUGGGAAAUUGUUAAAAGUUAUUCAGAACAGGUUGCUUAUUUGCCUGUUUAUUGGAGCUAGGGUCUUAGAUUUUUUCCUUGUAAUUAUAAAAACUUAAGUACCUAGUGAAUAUAUAGAAAAAUGCCCUCUCACCUUGAAAUUUAAGAUAUGAGCUUGCCUAGUUGGAGCUUGCACUCUGCUUAUAAUCAUAUAUUCAUGAAUCAAUGCCAGGAAAAUAGUUGAAUGAUAGAAAGAUGAAGAUAGUAGUACUAAAGAACUUUUUAUUAUCUAGAAAAUGGGAGUAUAAUGAAUGAGCGAAACCAAGAAGGUCUGAUAACCAGGUCUUGGAAGAAGCGGGGCAGGAUACAGGGGUUCUUGGGACCUCAGCAGCAGGAGCUCAGGGUCUUUAUUCUAGUGUCUAGUGUUCCACAUCAGUGUCAUUCUUUUACUUGUGACUGUGAUUGCUUCUCUCUCUUCUUUGUACCUACCAUCCAGGGACUGUAAUUUGUCUAGUCAUUUGUGUCUUCAGGGCUCACUGGGGAGUACUGCGUGGAGGGAAGGAGACAGGCAUUUAACUAGUGUCUGAUGUGCUGAGGCUGUACAAAUAAUUCAGAAACAAUUUCUACCUCAAGGAUCUUACAGUCUAGGUAGGGGAGAGAGACCCAUAAACAAUAAGUUGUAUAUUUGCCACUAUGAUGGAACUAUAUACCAGGUCAUGGUGACAGACAGCAUUUUGUUCAAAUUGAAACACCUAAGUUGUGUCUUCAGUGAUGAGCAAGAUUCACUGGGUAGGCUAAGAGGAGGAAGGGCCUUUCAGACAUAAGCACAUGAGCAAAGGAACUCUCAGUGGGAAAGAGACUACCUGACCUGUUCAAAAAGUAUGUAGAGGCACCAUACUAUGAGGCUGGGCAUUUAUGCAGGGACCAGAUUCACUUUCUGAGUUGAGGAAUUUGCUUCUUUUCUUGUAGGUCAUAGGAAUCAUUACACCAUUUUAAGUACGGGAGCCUUAUUAUCAGUUUGAGUGUUAGAAAUGUGUUUACAAUGGCAUGAGAAGGAGAUUUGAAGUUCUAUUUUUUUAAAUUUUUAAAUUUAAAUUUUAAUGU